CCGCCAAGCCUCCGCGGCAAGGGCAACAAGCGUGGGAAUGAUGUAACCGCCCACGUGAUAGACCGUAAAAGUAAAUAACCGACAACACACCUCGUGAAUUCCAUUUCCGACCAGCGCACCACUGACCUCAUUUUCCUUCCCUUCUCAUUCCCUUCCCUUUCUCCCUCGUUCCUUGGAUGGUUCACCGUCCAGCAGACUCGCGUCUUCUCACAAAUCUUCUAUCUCAGGAAAAGGAUCACUCGAAACAGCUGCAAUCCCUUCUCGACAGCUCUAAUGUCGCAUUGACAUCACUGGCGGCCUAUGCGUCGGCUUGCCCGCCCCCCGCGUCUCAAGUCAUAUUGUCGGUAGCUGGAUCUCUGGCAGGUGCAAGUGAAGCUUUCCGUGCGUAUGCGGUGUCGAUAGAACAAUGGCGCGACUAUUUGACGGGGCUGAAGGACUUGGAAGACGAGGUGGCCCAUAUUAUGCGGGACAGGGAAAUUCUCGUAACCCGUCUCAUAAAGGCAUCCAAAUCUGUCACCAAGUCCAGCAAUAACCGCGAGUCUCUCCUGCUCAGCCCCACUACGAAAUCAUCGUCUACCCUUUCCCUGAAAACUGACGAGAGUCCGUCGAUGUCCUACACUUCUUCACCGACGUUUCUUAGUCUAGGCGCAAACAAAAAGUUACAGAACGCGCAGGCAGAACUUCAGGCAUGCGAAGCUCAUCUUGCUAUGAAGGAGAAGGAGCUGGAUGUGAAGCGCUUUGGAGCUGUUCGGGACGGGCUUGUUGUUCGGUCCAAGGCUCUAGUUGACUGUGGCUGGCGCUGGAUAGAGAUAGGAAAGCAAGUCGACAGUGUUCUGAAUGAAGGCGCCGUUCGUUCUUCUCCCAACGACAAACCGCUUCCUCCCUCUUCACCAACUCCAGCAGGCGAGCGUCCCUCCUCCGAUCUCUCCUCUAUCGCUCCCUCACAGUCCGCUUCCCAAAUCGACGUCAUCGUUACUCCAGAUCCCGUGCAACAUAUCUACUCCAAUCUUGAAGUGCCCUCAGUUUCGUCCACCCCUACUGAUCCUGAAAUACCGCUGCAAUUUCAAAUACCGCCUGCGCAUGCAAUCGCUGAGACCGGCUUGCCGCGUGCAAGUAGCCCUCCGCCUAUUCAAAAACAUGUUCUUCCACGGCGGAUCACCGAGGAGGACUUGGGUUUCCGAACUGGAUCUCUAGGAAACCUGGAGGAAACGAACAGCAGUGACGAGGAUGAGGGCGACGUCCAGGUUGUCGAAAAUGUGAGAUUUGCCGCGUCGUCGAGCAAGAUGUCCAUUGGAUCUGGCAAGAAGCGAAAGGCGCCGACCACCCCGACAUCGCCCACGGGAAGCAGUGGUGGUGGUGGCAGCGGCUUUUUUGGCAGUAUUAGAGGGUUGUUCAGUCGGCACGGUCACAAGAAAGCCGCGAGCGAGCGUGGUACGGAAGAUGAGGGCGAUGAGACACCGACCAGGGGAAGACGAGGGCCAAAAGCAUGGGAUACACGGACCGCGAAGAACAUUAAAAAGCUCGACGUUCAUGAGUCUUAUUCAAGGUCGCCAAUUCCACCACUCCCUGCUAUGCCUUCUGCUCCUUCUACACCAACACCUAGACCGCGCGUCGCAAGCGAUGUCGUUGGCUCGAAAAGGCUGAAGAAAGCUCGUGGUACUGCGAGGAACCAAGGCGAUCUCAGUGAGGCAGAGCUGAAGAAGCGGAGACGGAGUACGUCCCUUGAUAGGGGGAUUGUCGAUCUUGCUAUCGGCAGAGCGGAGGAGUGGGUUGAUGGCCAGCGAGAUACGGAGCCUGAGGCAGAUAAAGGAUGGGCAAGCGAUACUGCCGCCACCAUACCACGGCAGACUCCCGCCACUGUGAAGAAGACAAAGUCGAAUCGCAAGUCUAUGCCCAACGGGGCCGUGAAGAGACCAGCAGAAAUAAGCACGGAUACUAUACAUACCGGGACUGGUUCUGCUGCGAUGUUGAGCCCAGCACAGUCCAAUUUAUCCAGGAAUCCAUCGCUGAUCAGCGCUUCCAGUGCUCCGGCGCGAAUGCGCGCUGCAUCAUCGUCGACGGUUGUACCUCCUGUCCCGAAGGUACCGGAUUCUGCGAUCGUGCGCUCUUCUUCGGUGAAGGGACACAAGAAGAGAGCCAGUCUAGAUGACGGAUCAGGGACGGGUACGGUCAGGAAACCUUCGACUACCAAGGCUGAGAGACGGGCGAGUUCCCCGGUUCAUACUGGUAGUAGUGGUAUGGGGGAAGGGAGCGUCAGUCUGAUGAGCAUUGUGGAAGACGUGGCCAGAGCGAAUCGAGAAGGAUGGGCAUCUGAUAAACGUCAGAGCGUGGGAGGUACCGUAAAACCUGCCGCUCUGAUGGAUAUCAAGGCUCCAACUAGCCCCACCUUGAAGGAGUUACGGCAGAUGGACGCAGAGGCGACUGCAAAUGCGGCUGUGCCAAGGGGAAGGAAGGAAGCUGCGAUCUCGAUUCCGACGGCCCCCAAGUCGAUAUUCGACGAGUCUGGUUUUGAUCCUAAUAAGAUGGUGCAACCUUCCGCGCCGGUGGUCGUGGCGCCUAAACCGAGACCGGCUUUAUCUCCUCUGCGUAGUGCGUUGAAAAGUCCGAGUAGGACGCCUUCUCCGAUGCCUGGACCGUCGAUGCCUACGGCCCGUCAUCCAUCACCACCACCUGCUGUAGCUUCUCCUCCACCAGCAGUCAACGGCAAGAUGAAUGGUGACCAUGAUGACGAUGCUGCAUCCAUUUCGUCGUAUGAGACGGGACAUGAGGUAUUCGAAGACGAUGCUGACCCUCCUCCCCCACCUCCGAUAAAAGACGCCGCUUCUUAUCCCAAUCACAUCCACGUUGGUUCAGAUAUAUCUGCUACGUCUACUGCGUCAACGGAGACGCCUGGGGUGCCUCGCCGACGGAAGAGUGUGAGAGUGGCGUUACAGCCGACGUUCUCCACAACGCCUCCAGCUAUUGAUUAUGACGACGAGGCGCUAUGGGCACGGACGAAUGGAGAAGGGUGGAAGUCGAACGUGGAUGAGGAAAGGGAUAUGUGGGCGGAUUCGAGUGAUGAGGAUAUGGAGUAUCAGAGGGCCAAAACACUGCUUAAUAGAGCUGCGAGGCGGGAGAAAAAGAACCGAGGGUGAUAUGUUUAUUCUUUUUCACGGUUAAUUUCCUGGAAGGAGCUUUACACUAGGAUUUGGUAAUUGGUUGUUUUUAUGUAUAUUAUUUAUCGCCUUGUAUACUUGCAAAUAGACUGCACUUUCUGUUAUCCUUGGUUAC